AUCUAUACUUAGAAUAUUAAAAUACAGUUAAUUAUUAUGUAGGCGCAAGCAAUGGUUGAAGUGAUGGCAGAACAACGUAUUCAUAGCUCAUCCUCAUCCUCUGACGAUUCUGACUCAGAUGUGCCUGAUCCUCUACAGGAGUUCAUUUUGGAUGGCAUAAAGGUGUCUGGCCAAGAGCUUGGUGUGGGGUCCUAUUCUUCUGUGUUAGAGCUUAAAUAUAAGGGUUUGAAAUGUGCGGGAAAGAAGUUACACAAAACUCUGUAUGACAGCAGAACUUCUAUUGGACCAGAAAUCUUAAACAGAUUUGGAACUGAAUGUGAGUUGCUCAGUCAGCUACGGCAUCCCCAUAUAGUUCAGUUUCUUGGCCUCUAUCUUGAAGUAGGUUCUGAUGUCCCCAUUUUGAUUCUCGAGUACAUGCCCUUUGCUCUGUCGGACUGUAUUGAGCAGUAUCAUACAUUUCCUAAUGAGAUUAGCUAUUCCAUACUCCAUUCUGUUGCCCUUGGGUUGAAUUUUCUUCACACGCACAACCCACCAAUCAUCCAUCGAGAUCUCACUGCCAACAAUGUUCUGCUUACUGAAAACAUGGGUGCCAAAAUAGCUGACCUAGGAAUGGCUAAAAUAUUGAACAUACCUCCUGCUCACAUGUCUAGACGAAUGACUGUUUGCCCUGGUACAAUUAGCUACAUGCCUCCAGAAGCUCUAACAUCACACCCUCAUUACGACACCAAGCUUGACUGCUUCUCUUAUGGUGUUUUAAUGAUCCACAUUUUUUGUGGAGAGUGGCCAAUUGCUUCUGAAUAUCUUCAGCCUGAUCCAAAUCGUCCUGGUCACCUCUACCCGCUGACCGAAAUAGAGCGACGAGAAAAAUAUCUCACACGACUGACUAACGACCACCCUUUGUUAUCCCUAAUUCACCUCUGUCUGGAAAACAUAUCGAUGGAACGACCAAGUGCUGCCAAUAUCUUACAAGAAAUUGGAAGUGUGGCUUCUGAGUAUCCAGCUAGUUACAUUAAUCGUGUGGACAUGUUAAACCGGUUGAUUUCUGAUGAUGAAGAGAAGUCAGAGAUGAAGACUGACCUUCAGAAGCUGAGGCAGACUGUACAUGAGAAAGAACAUGCUAUUGAGAGUAUGUCCACUACUUGCUAUAUCGAGAUUGAGAGUCUGAGAGAGCAAGUGAAAAGACUGGAUCAGAAGUGCAUUUUACAAGAGGCUCAAAUAGCCGAGUUGCAAUCGGAAAAUUCUCGUCAGCAUCAAGUGAUUGUGAAUAGGCAAGAAGAGCUGGAGCUUCUUCGCAAACGAGUGUCUUCUCUUAGCGGCGAGCUGCAGCUCACCAACAGCAAGCUUGAAGAAAAAGCUAAGCAUUCUCUUCAAAAAUUUAAGCACUUACAGAAUGAAAUGAUAGCAAAAAGUGAAGAGCGAGAGUCUGCAUUACAAAGGUUGGCAAGAGGAGAAUUGAAACUCACUUUGAAACACUCGUUUAGCAGACGAAGUUGCACAGCUUUGUCUGAUGAGUAUGAAGAGUUUUUCUUGAAUAAUGCUGAUGAUGUAACCGAUCUUCUGAAAAAGUCAGCGAGAUGUUCCAGUCAUUUUCAAGCACAGCAAAUGUCAUGUGAUUUUUUUCAACACUGCUAUGCUCUAUGUAAGAGAAAAGUGCUGGAGAAGUUUCACUCUCAGCUGGAUUCCCUGUUUGUUGUUUCUCACUCGUCUGAAGUGACUCGGGAGAUGCUCGAUGAUGUCAGCAUAGCUUAUGGCCAUUUAAUGAGAGCCUGUCGACUCCAGAGCUCUGAUCAGUUCAGUGAAGCGUUGUGUGAAGAGGCAUAUCCUCAUUUUCUGGAGAAGAACUCAAUCAGACUCACCUCCCGUUCUACAGAAGCCUCUCUUCGUCAGCACAUGCGCCAGGCGUGCAAGCUAGCGUGGGAGUUGGUUUCAGCAUGGCCACCAGUUAUAGCAGGACGACCACUGGAAUUCCGUGAAGAAUGGCAAGAUAGAGAAUUUCAAUAUUGGGAUAAAAUAGCUGUAAAACCCAGAUUAUUAUAUACACGACCGGUGUUGUUCCAUAACUAUGAGGGGUGUGUGGGAGUGAAAGGAUGGGUAGGCAAUAGGCCGGACAGACUUGCAAGACAGUCUCAGUGUAUGGAUCAAACCAAGAAGAAUACAAAACGAAAAAUCCAUUGAACCAAACACUACAUCACUAUUGUUGGUGUAACGUACUGUAUGGACAUUUUACAUAAUUAUAAUUAUAAUGACUGUGUUGUAUAUAUAAAUUAUUUAGCCCUAGGGCAUUGUUAGCUGUGGGCAUCGUCUCUUUUCAUUAC